AUGUGCAACCCAAGUUCAGUGACCGGUGAUGGUUUUUCCCCUUUCAUGAAACUGAUCGAAUCAGACACAUCUCCAAUCUCCACCCCCGCCGUUUACCACGACACCGAACCUCAACGCAGCAAACCCUCGGCGACCUUCCUCAUGCCUCCAGCCAAAGCCAAGAAACUCCGGCGGGCCGCGGCUGCGGCCGCCCCCCCAGAGAGCUCCCCGGCGCCCCAUCCGGUUGCGGCGGAGACCCCUCCCGCGGCCCCCACCCCAGAGAGAUCCCCGGCGCCCCCUCCGGCUGUGCCGGAGACCACUCCCGCGUCCGCCCCGCCAGAGACCUCUCCGGCGGCCCCUCCGGUUGCGGCGGAGACCUCUCCGGCGCCCCCUCCGGUUGUGGCGGCGACCCCUCCCGAGUCGUCGGAGGCUAGUGUUACGGUUGCGGAGGAUGGUGGCGGGAACGACAAGAUGGCGGUGGAGGAUCUCGGUGAGGACCCUGAUGCGGAGGAGGAGGAGGAGGAGGACCCUGAUGCGGAGGAUGAUCCUGAGGACGUGGAGGAGGAUCCUGAGGACGUGGAGGAGGAUCCCGAGGACGCAGAGGAGGAAGCCGACGCAGUCGAGGAUGAUGAGGAGGAUACGGUGCUGGUGGCUGGGUCGGAGAAGACGGUGACUGUGGAGGGCGGUGCUGAGGAGGAAGCGAUGGUGACCGUAUCCAAGGAGGGCGGCGGUGAAGUUACGGGGUUAGAGUCUGCCGUGGUAGAGGAGCCCAAGGAUGCUGCUAUUGUGGAUGAGGGACAAGAAGAGGCAGAAGAGGAGGAAGCUGAAGAGGCAAUGGAAGAGGAUGCUACAGAGAUCCCAGGAGAUGGCGUCGCCCCAGAUGACAUGAAUGAACUAUCUGAAGAAGAACAUGAAGAAUCUGGGCAUGAAGGUACACAUGGGAAUAACGACGAGGGUGGUGUUGCCUGCCAGUUGAGUGUUGAUUCUGAGGCGCAGAAUGGUGAACUUGACUCCUCAUUGCCUACACCAGGUUCAGUUUCAGUGGGCAAUACUAAAGACUUACAAAUAUUUCUUCAUGGAUUGCCUAAGGAUUGUGCUGAGAAAGACAUUACAGAGGUCUUUUCCCAAUUCGGAGAGAUUGAAUCUAUUAAAACAAUUAGAAGAAAGAACGGCAUUGCAUUCGUUCGUUAUAUGAGCACUGAAGCUGCAAAGAAGGCUCUUGCCGAAUUUAAGGAGGGGGCUGAGGUGACAGGGGGAAGGGUUAAAGUAUCAGCUUCUAGAGGUGAUAAUACCCUUUACCUUAGCAACAUCUGCAAGAGCUGGACAAAAGAGCAGGUGCGAACCUCCUUGAGAAGUAUCGGAAUCGAUGGAUUUGAUAUGAGUUUACCCGUUGAUCCUGAAACUGGAGGACAAAACCGAGGGAUUACUUUUCUCAAAUUUGCUUCGCCUGACAAUGCCAAAGCUGCAUCUCAGCUGCUACAGCAACCGGAUGCAUUGAUUACCAUUGUUAGAAGUGUGAAGGAAUCUGCUCAAAUCCCUACAGAAUCAAGUCAGGAGCUUGCUAUGCUGCAGGUUAAAACAGUAUACCUCGAACAUGUUCCUCUUUCUUGGGAUAAGGGCAAAGUUAAAGAAUGUUGCAAAGCAUAUGGGGUGAUUCAGGAUGUUCACACUUUAAAGAAGUCAAAAACGAAAACUUCUUUUGUCGAAUUCUCAUCCAGGAAGAGUGCAUUAGCUUGUGUGGAAGGAAUAAACAGUGCCAAUUUUGGUGGUGAAGUUAAGCUGGCUGCAAGUCUUGCUCGACCACGUCGGGAAAUACAACUGGACAAGAAGAGUGCUAAAGGUGGGGUCAAGGUCAAUAGUGACGCAACUUCUAAAGACACCAACAAUUCUAUUAAGAAAAAGAACCAGAAUAGGGAGGUCGAAGUGAAGAAGGAUUCACCACAUAAAUUGCGAAAAGGUGAUGUGAGCAAGCUGACCUCACAUGUUGAUGCGAAAGUACCACAAUCAUCCAACCCAUCGAAAGGCAAACGGAAAGCUGGAAAGACUGAAAAUACCGCUGUAAUUGAAAGGGUACCAAAGAGAGCACGGAAGAAUCGUGGUGUUCUGACAAAACCUUCCAACAGAACAUCUCAUGGUGGUUAUGCUAGAGUUCCCCAUGCAGGAGAAUCUUCUGGAAACAUUAAACGCCCUGUGGGACCUCGAUAUGUAACUGGCAACCAAUCUUACCCCAUUGCGGGCGCAUCUUCCAGAUCUAAACCAAAUGCUCGUGACCUGGAACCUCAUGCUGGAUACAUCCCUCCUACAAAUCGUGUUCGUGCACCUGCAAAUCAUGUUCCAGUCACCUAUGUGUAUGAUCAUCCGAGAAGCGCACCAUCCACUAUCCAUCACAUUGACGGUCUUCCUUAUGCUAGAGAAAUAGCAGCUCCACCACCAGCCUAUGGGUACACAAGCAGUCCUCAAUACCAGGAUGGAUAUGCAUACGCCUACCUCCCCCCGCCUCAUCCAAGUGGAUCUUACCACUACCCAGGAACGGGCGCAUAUAGCCCUCGAAGGAGAUACUACUGACUAAAAUCCUAGUGCCAAGUCAAUGCUUUCAUCUCAUGUAACACUACAAAUACAGAACGUUUGCAGUUUUCAGGGACCCUCAUGUUGUUCUGCUAGAUGGCUGACGCUGGAAAGAAGUAAAGUUCAGUUUUGUCUAGGCGCUUAGGUCUUUGGUUUAUAUUUGAGUGAAAGUGCAUCAUUAGGAGAAUGACGUUUUGGAUCUCGGUCUCCAUGGAGGCUGAAUUUUUGAAAAAAAUCAAAAUUUAAAAAUUUUGGUUUCAAAAAAAUCCGAACUUUUUUGUACAAGUAAACAAGGAUGUGAGGCGUAUGUGUGUAAAAUUUCAUGAUGAAAUAUGUUGAAAUGCAACCUGUACAGAAAAGACAUUCAUGGCUUGGGAUGAUGAAUAGUAUCAUGUGUUAAAAGCCUCAGAUUUGUCUUUUUUCUUGCACAGCCUUCAUUUCAACGUAUUUCAUCUUGAAAAUUACACAUUUGUGCAUUAUGCUUUCAUCUAUCUUUGUAUUUUUUUAAGAAUUUUUUAAAAUAUGGAAAAUAUGUUUUUCAUGAAUUUUGAAUGUUGUAUUUGGAGGCCUCCAUGGAGCUCGGUCUUCAAAAGCAAUUUCUGCACCAUUAGUCCAUAUGAACUUGGAGGGGACGAAUAUUCUAUAAGACUGCAUAAGUUGUGGGCCCAGCACCAUAAACUCGUUUACAUUUUGGUCUAAGAAACUAUCAAGAGAGAA